CAGGCAGGAAGAUGGCGGCGGUAGCGGAGGUGUGAGUGGACCCGGGUUUCUGCAGCUGGAUUUUCUCUUCCCUUCUUCUUUCCUUUUCCUUUUCUGUUUGAGGUUGGCAUCGAAGGGGCUGAGUUCGGGUGGUGGCGCCGGGCGCAGCGCAGGGGUCACGGCAACGGCGGCGGCUGACGGCUGGAAGGGCAGGCUUCCUUCGCCGCUUGUCCUCCUUCCCCGGUCCGCUCGGUGUCAGGCGCGGCGGCGCAGCGGCCAGACUUCGUCCCUCCUCCAGCUCCCCCCCAAGCCGGAGCGGGCAUUCUUCCCUUCGCCAUCCCCCGGCCCUUUACCCCGGGUACUGGGCGCUUCCUCCGGCGCAGCUCGGGGAGCGGGGGCCGGUCUCCUGAUCGGCUGUCGCGCCUCCAUGUCGGAUAACCAGAGCUGGAACUCGUCGGGCUCCGAGGAGGAUCCGGAGACGGAGUCCGGGCCGCCUGUGGAGCGCUGCGGAGUCCUCAGCAAGUGGACAAACUACAUUCAUGGGUGGCAAGAUCGUUGGGUAGUUUUAAAAAAUAAUACUCUGAGUUACUACAAAUCUGAAGACGAGACAGAGUAUGGCUGCAGAGGAUCCAUCUGUCUUAGCAAGGCUGUCAUCACACCCCAUGAUUUUGAUGAAUGUCGAUUUGAUAUUAGUGUAAAUGAUAGCGUUUGGUAUCUUCGUGCUCAGGAUCCGGAUCACAGACAGCAGUGGAUAGAUGCCAUCGAACAGCACAAGACUGAAUCUGGGUAUGGGUCUGAAUCCAGCUUACGUCGGCAUGGCUCUAUGGUGUCACUGGUGUCUGGAGCAAGUGGUUAUUCUGCAACAUCCACCUCUUCAUUCAAGAAAGGCCACAGUUUACGUGAAAAAUUGGCUGAAAUGGAAACCUUUAGAGAUAUCCUAUGUAGACAAGUUGAUACUUUACAGAAGUACUUUGAUGCCUGUGCUGAUGCUGUCUCCAAGGAUGAACUUCAAAGGGAUAAAGUGGUAGAAGAUGAUGAAGACGACUUUCCUACAACACGUUCUGAUGGAGACUUCUUGCAUAAUGCUAAUGGCAAUAAGGAAAAGUUAUUUCCACAUGUAAUACCACGAGGAAUUAAUGGCAUAGACUUUAAAGGGGAGGCGAUAACUUUUAAAGCAACUACUGCGGGAAUCCUUGCUACACUUUCUCAUUGUAUUGAACUAAUGGUAAAACGUGAGGACAGCUGGCAAAAGAGACUAGAUAAGGAAACUGAGAAAAGAAGAAGAAUAGAGGAAGCAUACAAAAAUGCCAUGACAGAACUGAAGAAAAAAUCCCACUUUGGAGGGCCAGAUUAUGAGGAAGGUCCAAACAGUCUGAUUAAUGAAGAAGAGUUCUUUGAUGCUGUUGAAGCUGCUCUUGACAGACAAGAUAAAAUAGAGGAACAGUCACAGAGUGAAAAGGUCAGAUUACACUGGCCUACAUCCAUGCCAUCUGGAGAUGCCUUUUCUUCUGUGGGGACUCAUAGGUUUGUCCAAAAGCCCUAUAGUCGCUCUUCCUCCAUGUCUUCCAUUGAUCUAGUCAGUGCCUCUGACGAUGUUCACAGAUUCAGCUCCCAGGUUGAAGAGAUGGUACAAAACCACAUGACUUACUCAUUACAGGAUGUAGGUGGAGAUGCUAAUUGGCAGUUGGUUGUAGAAGAAGGAGAAAUGAAGGUAUAUCGAAGGGAAGUAGAAGAAAACGGGAUUGUUCUGGAUCCUUUGAAAGCUACCCAUGCAGUGAAAGGUGUUACAGGACAUGAGGUCUGCAAUUACUUCUGGAAUGUUGAUGUUCGCAAUGAUUGGGAAACAACUAUAGAAAACUUCCAUGUGGUGGAGACAUUAGCUGAUAAUGCAAUCAUCAUUUAUCAAACUCAUAAGAGAGUUUGGCCUGCUUCUCAGCGAGAUGUAUUAUAUCUUUCUGCCAUUCGAAAGAUACCAGCCUUGACUGAAAAUGAUCCUGAAACCUGGAUAGUGUGUAAUUUUUCUGUGGACCACGACAGUGCUCCUCUAAACAAUCGAUGUGUCCGUGCCAAAAUAAAUAUUGCUAUGAUUUGUCAAACUUUGGUAAGCCCACCAGAGGCAAACCAGGAGAUCAGCAGGGACAACAUUCUAUGCAAGAUUACAUAUGUAGCUAAUGUGAACCCUGGAGGAUGGGCACCAGCUUCAGUGUUAAGGGCAGUGGCAAAGCGAGAGUAUCCAAAGUUUCUAAAACGUUUUACUUCUUACGUCCAAGAAAAAACUGCAGGAAAACCCAUUUUGUUCUAGUAUUAACAGUGACUGAAGCAAGGCUGUGUGACAUUCCAUGUUGGAGGAAAAAAUAAA